AUGGAGCCGGCUCUGCACAUGCAGCAGCGCAUCGCCCAGGGCCUGAACGACGUCACGCUGUCGCUGCGCAGCUCCUUCAACUCGCUCGUGCUCGGCGCCGCCACCACUCCCGGAGCUGCCGGUCCCACCAACAAUGCGGCCGCCCAGCCAAACGCAACUGCAAACGCAAACAACCACGCCACCGCCGCUCCCUCGACGGCCACCUCUGCCAACCCCAGCACAAACGCCCCGACUACUCCCGCCGCCAGCACCACCACCGUCGGCGGGGCCACCCCAAGCUCGCCCGCGCAACGUAACCCCUCGGACGAUGGCGUCGCCGCCAACCCCGUCACUACCAUGAGCACCGGCGCCGACGUCGAUCUCGAGAAGGGCCUGCCCGAGAUGGAGGAGCUGCGCCAUCGGUCCUCGUUGCAGGGCGGCUCCUCCAGCAUUGCCCUCGACUCGGAUUCCCACAGCCACGGCACGCCCGCCAAAUCUGCCGCCAGCUCCAGCCGAGGACCGCCCGAAGCACAACACCAGCGACAAACACAAGGUUGGGAAGCCGAAAGGCCCCCCACAGGCGGCACAGAAGCAACAGCAGAAACAGGGGCCGUGGCGGAUACGGCGGUGCAGAACGAGGAGGAGACGGCCAUGGUGCUGCGACAGCGGCGCCAGCAACGAGCGCCGCUGACGUUGCAGACGCUGCCGCCCGAGGUGCUGAUGCUGAUCAUCCACCAGCUCAACUUUGGCGACAUUGAGCGGCUGCGGCGGACGAGUCACUUUUUCCACGACUUCGCGGCGCCGCGCAUGGUGCGCGCGCUCUUUGGCGCGACCGAACUGCACCGUCUACUAGUCAGCCACUGUGCGUCGUGCUUGAUCUACGACGAGGGCAAGUCAAGCCUGUUGCUGGCCAGCAUAAUGCACCGCGACUACCCGCUCUGUGCGCGCUGCGUCGACUGCGCCGUGGCCAAGCGCGACGAGCGCCUCGUCGUCGGCCGCAAGGUCACUAUGGGUGACGGCGGCGGCGUCUGGGUCUGCCGCUGGUGCGGCUGGCCCGUCUUGACCGACGCCGCCCUCGGCCACACCCAGUUCCACCGCGAGUGCUACGGCGCUUAUAACGACAGCCUGCUCUUCUUCUUCCUCCUCGGCUGGAUCCAGCUCGGCCUGGGCAUCGUCGCCGCCGCCCUGGCCUGGACCUACUAUCGCGACGCCAUCACCGUCUACGCCCCGACCAUCACCUCUUUCAUCAUGUUGUGGGUGUGCUUUGCCAUGCUCAUGUUCCGCGGAAACCGCGUGCGAACGUACCACUGGACACUCCUGGUCGAGAUGAUUAUGUUCUGCCUCUGGGUCCUGCCCGUACACUACACCAUUUCGUUGUAUCUGAUAUACGAUGACCUGCCGAGGAGCACAAUGGCGUGCUUGAUCAUGUUCUCGCUCAAUCUAGUGUUCCGACUGCUCAAUGUCCUUGGCAACAUCAUACUCAUGUGCGAAUAUCAGCGGACGAAUCACUACCUGCCCAAACGGAUGAUACCGUUUUGGAGGCGCAUCACGAACCCGCUGGCCGACGCCCUCAUCUUCUGGACCUACCCACAGUCGGUCGAGCAAAAAUAUCCCCCCCACUGGGGCUAA